CGGCAGUAGGUCCUCAGACUGUGGCUCGCUUUCUGCGCCCCAGUCAGUUUCGUCCUGUCCCAUUCCCCAGUGCGGGAGCACCUCCGCCCCACCCCCGCCGUCUGCUCUCUGGGUGCUCUCCCUGUGGCUCUCAGCUGCACCUAUCCCUAUCGCCGCUCUCCCACUCUGUCCCCGCGGUCCCCCACCCUCCAAUCAUGGCCCCACAACCGCUGUACCACAAAGAAUUCGCCGGGGCUGGCCUCCAGCCAGGUCUGCAAGUGUGGCGCGUCGAGAACAUGGAUCUGGUGCCGGUGCCCACCGAACAAUACGGCAGCUUCUACGUGGGGGACGCCUAUCUUGUGCUCUGCACUCGCCAGGGUCACCGCAACGACUUCACCUACCGCCUGCACUUCUGGCUCGGGAAGGAAUGCACUCAAGACGAGAGUGGAGCCGCUGCCAUCUUUACCAUGCAGAUGGAUGACUACCUCGGAGGAAAGCCAGUGCAGAGUCGGGAACUGCAAGGUUAUGAGACUACUGACUUUGUCAGCUAUUUCAAAGGAGGGCUGAAAUACAAGGUUGGAGGCGUGGCAUCUGGAUUCAAUCACGUCAUCACGAAUGAUCUGACUGCUGAGAGACUGUUGCAUAUAAAGGGCCGCCGGAUGGUCCGCGCAACAGAGGUCCCCUUCAGCUGGGCCAGCUUCAACAAGGGAGACUGCUUCAUUAUUGAUCUUGGACCGGAAAUUUACCAGUGGUGUGGCUCAGCCUGUAACAAAUAUGAGCGUCUGAAGGCCAACCAAGUCGCCACGGACAUUCGGGACACGGAGAGGAAGGGACGAUCCCAACUGAUCAUUGUGGAAGACGGAAGCGAGCCCCCUGAGAUCCUCCAGGCCCAGCCUCGCUUUCUCGUGUUCCCCUCCUCAAAGGUUUUAGGAGAGAAGCCGGAGCUGAGGAUGGGAACUGAAGAUGACGACACUGCAGCGGACUUCACCAACAGGAGAAUGGCCAGGCUGUACAUGGUUUCCGAUGCCUCUGGGGCCAUGAGCGUGUCGUUAGUCUCAGAAGAAAACCCAUUCUCCCAGAAAAUGCUGCUGUCAGAGGAAUGUUUCAUCCUGGACAAUGAGGCCGGGAAGCAGAUUUUUGUGUGGAAAGGCAAAGAUGCUAAUACCGAGGAGAGGAAGGCAGCCAUGAAGACAGCGGAAGAGUUCCUGCAGCAAAUGAAUUAUCCCUCCAGUACCCAAAUUCAAGUUCUCCCAGAGGGAGGUGAAACACCAAUCUUCAAGCAAUUCUUUAAUGACUGGAGAGGAAAUGAUGAAAGUGAAGGCUUUGGAAAGGUGUACGUCACUGAGAGAGUGGCCAGGGUCCAGCAGAUUCCAUUUGAUGCCCAAAAGUUACAUGAGUGUCCCCAGAUGGCGGCCCAGCACAACAUGGUGGACGAUGGCUGUGGUUCUGUGGAGAUCUGGCGAGUGGAAAGCAAUGGCAGAGUCCCAGUGGACCCCAAAACUUACGGAGAGUUCUAUGGGGGUGACUGCUACAUUAUACUGUACACCUACCCCAGAGGACAGAUCAUCUACACCUGGCAGGGAGCUCAUGCCACCAGAGAUGAGCUGACCAACUCUGCUUUCCUGACUGUUCAGCUGGACCGCUCCUUGGGAGGGACACCUGUGCAGGUCAGUGGCAGCCCCCGGCCCUGGUCAGCAUGGAUGGGGCUUCUUGCCUCCCAGUGCUGCCCACAGGUCAGAGUCUCCCAAGGUAAGGAGCCUGCACACCUGCUGAGUCUGUUCAAAGACAAACCCCUCAUUAUUUACAAGAAUGGGACGUCCAAAAAGGGAGGACAGGAAUCUCCUGCCCCUAUACGCCUCUUUCAAAUCCGCAGAAACCUCGGCUCCGUCACCAGGAUUGUGGAGGUUGAUGUGGAUUCAAAUUCACUGAAUUCCAAUGAUGUUUUUGUCCUGAAACUGCCCCGGAAUAAUGGCUAUACCUGGAUUGGGAAAGGAGCCAGUGAGGAGGAGGAGAAGGGAGCUGAGUACCUGAGGAGCGUCCUGAAGUGCCAGGCCACGAAGAUCCCAGAAGGCCAAGAGCCAGAGGAAUUCUGGGCUGCUCUGGGAGGGAAGAAAGUGUACCAGACCUCACCACUGCUCGAAACCCAGCUGGAAGACCACCCUCCGCGGCUCUUCGGCUGCUCCAACAAAACCGGCCGGUUUCUUAUUGAAGAGGUUCCAGGAGAAUUCACUCAGGAAGACUUAGCAGAGGACGAUGUCAUGCUGCUGGAUGCUUGGGAACAGAUAUUUCUUUGGAUCGGCAAAGACGCAAAUGAAGUGGAGCGAUCUGAGUCCAUGAAGUCUGCCAAGGCUUACCUUGAGACGGAUCCUUCUGGGAGAGACCGGGGAACUCCCAUUGUCAUCGUCAAACAGGGAUACGAGCCUCCCACGUUCACGGGCUGGUUCCUGGGAUGGGAUGCGAGCAAAUGGUAAAAACAGCACGUUUGUGGGAGGAGAAAUCCUGGCCAGAGACAAGGCCUGCCACCUCGGGCACCGAGUGAGUCAUUGUAUUUGUGGUAUUCCAUUCAUAAGCCAGGACUUCUUCCACUGAGGGUGGGAAGGACACCAGCCAGACUUUAAUAGGGACAUUGUUGGAUCCUUGGGUCAUGAGGAUGGACGAGCUAUGGAAUUGUGGGCUCAUGAAGGGACUUUGGAGGCUGGGGAGUCAAAGCUUCUCCUGGUACAGGUGAGGAGAGGGAGGCCCAGGGGUUCAGAGGCAGAGCUGGGGUUCGAGCUGUGCCUCCUGAGACCCGGACCAGGACCUUGCCACUAUACCCCAGUGAUUGCAUCAGAAAUCUUUCCUGCCAACACUGUGUAGAAACGGAGAAUGUUCUUUGUGUCUGAUGGACUUAAUCGCCUGGGAAAUUGUGGGCCUCGGUGGUGGCUGGCUGCAAAGCCCUGCCUGUGCCCAUGAGGAAGCAGGGGGAUGUCUUGUCCGGGUGACAUUUUUUCCCCAAUAGAGAUUGCCUAGAAAAAUUCCUCUCAUAGUAAGUGCAUCAUCAGCAUUGAUUGAAUGGAACAAUGCUUGGAAGAAUACGGAAUGAGGAAGAUUGACUUUGUUAAGAUGGCUUAGGGUAUUUUCCUUCUUUGUUGAAAAUAAAUUUCUAUGUAAUUAUCCAAACAUUUUCUAACAAGAAUAUCAUUUUCUAAUUAUUAGUCUAAUUUUCCUGGCUUUUCUUUUAAAACAAACUUCAUUUUUUUUAGCCUUUUUAAAAUCAUGACUAUUUAGUAAAAAACAAAAAAAAGGAUUUUGCUUUUAUGAACUUGGAAAUAUAUUUAGUAACAUAAGAUAAAAUCUUUAAUAAGCCUUUGAAUAUUAAAAGAAACAGUUGCUAUGAGUGCCUUGUAAUAGUGACAAUCAGAUCCACUUGUCCUCAGUUCAUUGUGCUAUUAAAUGUUUAAAUAUUUAAAUACACGAAUAAACAUGAAUAUUAAAUCCA